AUGAACAAACAAUGGGUAAUCAUAGGUGACAUGAACGUCGUGUUGCAUGCUGAAGAGAAUAAAAGUAUAUUUGCUUUUAACAAUAGUGAAGUUUUUUUUAAUAAUCUUAUUAACUUAUGUGGUCUAAUUGAUCUUUGCUUCUCGAGUUACACUUUUACUUGGAAUAAUCACAAAAAGAAUAAUGAUAUUAUAGAACAGAGACGUGACAGGGCUUUAGGUAAUUCCCUGGGGAUUACUAGCUUCCCUAAUUCUAGUAUUAAAUAUCUAGGGCAUCUUGCCUCUGACCAUGUGCCUAUAGUUCUUAACACUCAUAAUACUUGGAAUGAUGAGCCUACCCCAUUUAAGUAUUUUGGCGACUGGAUAAAACAUGAGGAAUGUAAGCCUUUAAUCCAGGCUUGUUGGGAAAAGGAGAUCAGAGGCUCCCAUGCUCAUACAAUGAUUAAGAAAGUUACUUCUGUUAAACAUAUCCUUAGAGGCUGGAACAAAUACUCUUUUGGCAAUAUUAGAACAAAUAUAGAAAUGAUUAAAGAUGAUCUUAAGAAAACAAACAGUAGAAGCAGCUAUCCUAAUAAAAACAGGGAAAUUGCGAACCUUAGAAACAAACUUACGGAAUGGUACAAUAUACAAGAAAGUUUUUGGAAGGAUAAAAGUAGGGAUCAAAAUAUUAUGUUUGGAGACAGAAACACUAGAUACUUUCACGCUAGGGCUAAACAGAGGUUUAGAAGAAACAAGAUAGAAACCUUAAAAGACAAAAAUGAUGUAUGGGUUAAUAGUAGACCUGAAAUUGUCUCUUGUAUUACUAAACACUUUCUUGAAAUAACUACAACUGUAAAUCCUUGUUUGGACUAA